GUUCUGCUGCUGCUUAUCCGGGGAUGUCACACCACCGCUGCUAUUUUCUCCCCUCAGUCCCUCUCACUCUCUCAGCCUGCAGCGGGCUGACACUGGCAGGCUUUGGAUACCGAACAACCGAACGACAGGAGGCCGCGUUAACAUCCACAGAGAAACAAACAUGGCAGAGCUCGGAGCGGGAAGCCUGCCGUUAGGAGAUCCUGCGUUUAACUACCAGGAGCACGAGCUGAGCGAGCGGCUGAAGCGUCUCUACCCGGCUGUGAACGAGGAAGAGACUCCGCUACCCCGAUCCUGGAGCCCCAAGGAUAAGUACAGCUACAUCGGGCUGUCACAGAACAACCUGCGGGUCCACUAUAAAGGCCACGGUAAGAACCACAAGGACGCAGCAUCGGUGCGAGCCACGCACCCGAUCCCGGCCGCCUGUGGGAUCUACUACUUUGAAGUAAAGAUCGUCAGCAAAGGUCGAGAUGGGUACAUGGGCAUCGGCCUGUCGGCACAGGGAGUCAACAUGAACAGACUGCCCGGGUGGGACAAACACUCGUACGGUUACCAUGGAGACGACGGCCACUCCUUCUGCUCCUCUGGGACCGGCCAACCGUACGGCCCGACGUUCACCACGGGGGACGUGAUUGGCUGCUGCGUUAACCUCAUCAAUAACACCUGCUUCUACACCAAAAACGGCAUCAGCUUAGGUGUUGCCUUCACAGACCUCCCUCCCAACUUGUACCCCACAGUGGGGCUUCAAACUCCGGGCGAGAUCGUAGACGCUAACUUUGGCCAGCAGCCGUUUGUCUUCGACAUCGAGGACUACAUGAGCGAAUGGCGGGCCAAGAUCCACGGCAUGAUCGCCCGCUUCCCCAUCGGAGAGAGGCUGGGAGAGUGGCAGGCCGUCCUGCAGAAUAUGGUGUCCAGCUACCUGGUGCAUCAUGGGUACUGUGCCACCGCAACAGCCUUCGCCAGAGCCACAGAGACGAUGAUACAAGAGGACCAGACAUCAAUAAAGAACAGACAGAGAAUACAGAAGCUGGUGCUGGCAGGACGGGUUGGAGAAGCCAUAGAAGCUACUCAGCAGCUUUAUCCCGGCCUGUUAGAACACAACCCAAACCUACUAUUCAUGUUGAAGUGUCGUCAGUUCGUGGAGAUGGUGAACGGUACAGACAGCGAAGUUUGCUGCUUGACCAUUCGCUCGCCCAAGUCCCAGGACAGUUACCCCGGUUCACCCAGCCUCAGCCCCCGCCACGGAGCCAGCAACACACACCUGCACACCGGAGGAGCAGACAGUCCGACCUGCAGUAACGGGGUCACUCCCACCAACAAGUCAAAGAGCCACAGCGGCGCUGGCAGCAGCAGCGUCAAAUACCCCAGCGUGUCCUCCUCCGCCUCCUCCUCCACCUCCUCCUCCCCUUCCUCUGUCAACUACUCCGAGUCCAACUCCUCCGAUUCCACUAAGAGCCAGCCGCACAGCGCCAACAGCACCCAGGAAACCAGUGACAGUGAGAUGGAGAUUGAAGCAGAGCACUACACUAACGGGGUUGUUGAGGGCUCCUCAGCGCGGAUCAUGAAUGGGACGUACAAACACGAAGAAAUCCUUCAGCCUGACGACAACAGCAUCGGCAACGGAGUAACAGAUGAGGGCUGUAAUAACAACAGACAGCUGUGUGGAGGGAACCAGGCGGCCACCGAGAGGAUGAUCCAGUUCGGGCGGGAGCUGCAGGCGCUCAACGAACAGCUGUGUCGCGAGUACGGCAAGAACGCCACGCAUAAGAAGAUGCUGCAGGAUGCGUUCAGCCUCUUGGCGUACUCCGACCCGUGGAACUGCCCCGUCGGUCAGCAGUUAGACCCGACACAGAGAGAAUCGCUCUGCUCCGCUCUCAACAGCGCCAUCCUGGAGUCACAGAAUCUGCCCAAGCAGCCUCCGCUGAUGUUGGCGCUUGGCCAGGCCACAGAGUGUGUUCAGCUCAUGGCCCGGGUCCGGUCCGGUUCCUGCUCCUUCGCCAGAGUAGACAACUUCCUGCACUAGCCCAGGUCCAGGUGAGUCCAGGUGAGCGACGAGCAGCACUGAGAGGAGGCGUGUCCAGCAGGUGGCUGUCAUGGCGACGGAGGAGGAGGAGGGGAAGAGCAUGCGUGUGAUUGGUUGGUGUGUUUGGCCCGUCCCGUCAGACCGAGCCAGCGGCACAGACGAAGAGGAGGCGAGGAGAGAAGGAGGCGAGGAGAGAAGGAGGCGAGGAGAGAAGGAGGCUUUCCUUUUUAAUUUUUAGUAUUAUCAAAUAAAGAAACGUGUGACACUAUUUAAAGAUAAUUAAUUAUUAUUCUGUUUAUCUAGACUUUUUUAUAGUUUUAUUUUAUUCAGUUUGUCGUGCUCAUCCCGGACAAAACCGAUUGGAACACCCUCACCUCACCUCUUUGUUUCUUUCUUCUGUUUUAACGGGUCCCUGCCGUCAGUAUUGUUGCUGUUGCUGUUGUUGCUGUUGUUCGUCAUAUCACCGCAACCACGACACCCACAUCCUGUUACCACGGUGACCGCCUCAGCUUCAGCGAGGUGCAUUGACCGUUAGCCAGCUAGCCCUCUUUUAGCUAAUGGGUAACAUACCAGCUAGUAGCCGGCUAGGCUAGGCUAGGCUAGGCUAGGCUAAGGUUAGACACACAACACACUGGCUUUCUCCUUGCUAACUAGCUAGCUAGCUGUUGGCUUUCAUCACUUGGCAGGCUCCAUAAAACACCUAUUAGCUAACAGGUAACAUACUAGCUACUAGCUAGUAGUUAGCCUACUAGCUGCUGCUAACCGCUGCUCAUAAACGCACCGCACAGUAACACACAACACUGGCUUUCUCCUUGCUAACUAACUAGCUAGCUAGCUAUUGGCUAAGCUAAUCUUUGUUUUCGUUUACUCACUUGGCUCCAAAGAUUUAGCCCGCUAACAUCUAUUAGCUAAUAGGUAACAUACUAGCUAGUAGUUAAGUUACUAGCUGCUGCUAACUGCUGCUCAUAAACACACCGCACAGUAACUACUGUUCUCUACAUGUAGCUUAACGAGGCUACAUAUGUUACCUACCUACCGAGUGAGCCUAGCUAGCUUGCUAACUAGCUAGGCUGGCUAACAGCUAAAGUUUCAGACUCGGAGCCGCUCAGCGUGACAAACGCCUCCGAUUGUGCAGCAGGUCAUUUAAAAACUCAAAACGUAGUGCGGUGUGUCACGUUUCAUGGAUAAAAUACUUUGAACCAAAGAAAAAAAAACAUGAUUAAAGGACCUCUGUAGUGACGGACCCCGCCAGUAACGAGGCGGAGAGGAUUCAAUUGGAACGUUAGAGGUGUUGGGACCUUCAUUUCACUGUAACGACCUCAGCAUCGACCAAUCAGUGAUGUUGUUGCAGGUGGCAGAGCUCAGCUGCAGCUCAUAGCACCGACUUCUCAGGACCCGACUGAACACUAUUAUCACGGCCGCCUCCAAAAACCUGUAACGAGCACGAGUCGAGCCACCGCCCCCCGAGGAGUUUGUUCAAACCGACCACAGCCCGAGCUUCUGUUAGAAAUUCAAACGAAGAGGAGAAAUCAUUUUCCAAGCAGGUUUUCCUUUUUUAAUUCCAGCACGCUCUUCGUGAUAAUUAAAUCUGUUUGGGGGGCAUUUGAUUCAAAAACCACUUAACGGUUGUGAAAACUAGUUUUAUGUGUGUCGGGGAAAAAGGCUUUUUAUUUUCCAUUCACACCCCUGCAUUUCUCUGACACCCACACACCUGACUUCACUGUGUCAUACCUAUUAUUAGACCAGAGUCCAGCUUAUUCCAUAUAUUUAUUAUUUAUCCCCAGAAGUUUGUCCUUUUACGUUAAGGAAGGAAGGUUUAGUUACAGCAAAGUUUUUGAGACCUCUCCUGAUUGAGGAUUAAUAAAUAAGACGUACGAAUGAAUGGAGUAAAAUAUAUAUUUUAACCAAUAAAGUCAAAUUAUUGAAUUUAAGUUUUUAUUUUAAGACAGAAGUUUUUCACCUUCUCCAAAUAUUUAGCAUCCAGCUAGCCCUUAUUAGCUAGUUAGUAACUUAGUAGCUACUUGCUAGUUAGCUGCUGCUGCUCAUGAACACACAGCACGGCUACAAAAGUUACCUAGCUAGCUAGCUAAUGUUAAUUAUGUGUUUGUUAGCUGUCUGAUAGCUAGUUAGCCAGCUAGCUAGCUAUCCAUCAACUGCUAUCUACCUAGCUUGCUAGCUAACUAACCUUUCCUUAAAAAAAAAGACAAACUUUUUUUUUUAACCACUGCCAGCUAAGCUAAGCUAACUAGCGAGCUAACCAUUAACUGCCAGCUAGCUAGCUAACUAGCUACCCGCCAACUGCUAUCUACCUAGCUUGCUAGUUAACUAGCUAUCAUUAGUUGAUAAUUCAGAUUUAUUCAGAUUUAUUUUUCCAAUUCUGGAAAUUUUCCUAAAAAAAAAAAAGAAGACAAACUUUUUUUGCCACUGCCAGCUAAGCUAAGCUAACUAGCGAGCUAACCGUUAACUGCCGGCUAGCCAGCUAGCUAAUGUUAGUCAGUCUGUUAGCUGUCUGAGUGUUUGUCUUUCUCUGAGGACAAACAGUCUUUCUUUUUGCCGGCUAGCAAGCUAGCUAACUAGCUACCCACCAACUGCUAUCUACCUAGCUUGCUAGCUAACUAGCUAUCAUUAGCCGAUAAUUCAGAUUUCAGAUUUAUUUUUCCAAUUCUGGAAAAAAAAAACGACUAAGCUAAGCUAACUAGCGAGCUAACCGCUAACUGCCAUUCACAGGCCUGAGCUUCGUUUAAAUUCAGUUUAUUGGAUCUUUUUAGAUAUUUCGCUCUGAAUGUUUCUUUGUUUUCACUCGGGGCUGAAUGUUGUCUGACUGUUGGGCUGCUCUGUUGUGACCCGGUUUAAACGGCUUGUGGAUCCACCCUGACGUGUAUAUUUCCAUUUUAAUAAGAGCAUUUUACAUAGAGACGUAUGGAAUAAUAAUAACACAGGAGAUGUGACGUUGGGGGGGUUUCCUGCAGGGUCAAACUUCUUACCACGCUGGUUUUUAUAAAGACCUUCUGCUCUAAUAGGAACUAUUGUAAUACUCCACAUCUGCUUCGCAGCUGUAAAGGACUUCUGUUACACACUUAUACCUGAAAGAACAACCUGCUGCACCUGUAGGGAUCGAGUCUCCCAGCUGUCCUUUGUGUUCGAGCCUGGGCUGCGUCUCAGCACUGUUACCACGCAUCCUUCCUCUUACCCCGGCGUAGACCUGAUAGGCGCUGACGUGAUCAGUGAUUGUUUUGUUUU